CUGUGUCCGACCCGAGAUCCGUCUCUGAGACCCAAAAGCUCAACAGUCUGCAGUGGAGCUGUCUGACUACAGAAUAUAUUUCAUCUAUCAGGAGCUAAUUUGGUGUCGGCGACAAUGAAGUUUGUGCUACUCUUGGCCUUUGUCAGUGGGGUUUUUGCAGCCCCAUUCGUGAAGCAGGAGGAUGCGAAAAGAUUCAUCCGACUGAAGCGUCAGUCAGGAUACUGGGACCCUCAUCAUGCUCACAACCAGUGGGGCUACACCAUUCAGGAGCAGGCCAGUGAAUACUGGACAGCCAUCCGGACUGAUGCUCAGUUCUACAUGGACAUGGGACACAUGAUGUUCGACCAGUCAGUGGCAGACGAGAACAACAGGAUGUACAUGGAGAUGCUUCGCCAGGCCCGAGCUCACCUGGACAGCCACACUGGGGGGCGUGAAUAAAAUCAACUAUCGAUCAAUGCCAUUCAUUUCUGAGUAUAGAAAUCAAAAGCUGAAGGCCGUACACAAGUGACGGGUUGAUGAGGUUCCUUGAAACAGUUGUUUCAAACAAGGUUUCAUAAACCAAAGAUCAUAUGGCAGACAGCGCCACCUAGUGGCCUCUCUUGGACACCGCUUCAUGAAACCUCAUCGACCCAUCACCAUCUAUCUUCGACAAUUAUUUUCUCUUUCUUGCAAAAUAGAGUUCUUUUACUGAGCGACUUUAUA